CGAGUUAGGGUUUUUAGAUCAUCAUGUCUGUUCCUCCUUGUGUUCAUUGGAUUGUCCAUAACGGGUUCUGUUGUGAAUGCAAAUCUGCCGUAGACUGGUAUAAGGGUCGGCUAAAGAAUUGCACAAGGAUCAAAGAUCCCGAUUGUGAUCAUUCCAUCUCUUACCGUGGAUACUGUUGCAGGUGCUGUUGUAAGGUGGACGAAAGCAAUGGAGAGCUUUUCAAUUACAUAUCCCAAGGUACGCAUCUCAGCUACAAAUACAUAGCUUCCAUGAAACGGCAGAGGUUUGGAAUCGGGUACGGACAGAGGAAGCUUCACUUGGUUGUUGACUUGCAACACGUGCUUCUAGACUCAAAUGGUGUUUUGGUAAAGUUACGUCCUUUCGCUCGGGAAUUCCUCCGUGAAGCAAACGAGCUCUUUACCAUAUAUGCAUACACCAAAUCUGACCCCAAGCAAGUCCGCAGUUUUAUUAAGUUGCUUGAUCCGCUGAAAAUAUUCUUUCCAGUUAGUCGGUUCAUUACAAUCGCUGAUGAGAAGAGGAAGAAGAAGAGUCUUGAGUUUGUCUUGGCGGAAGAAAGAGGGGUUGUGAUUCUUGAUUGCAAGUCUGAGACGUGGGAGAAGGAUGAUGAUAGAAACUUGCUUCUGAUCAAGAGUUAUGAUUAUUUCAAAGGAAUGGAGUAUCAACAAGGAUUCAUCACGAAAUUCAUCAACUUCUUCAACAAGUCUUCUUCAGAGGAAAAGAGAAAUGAAAAAGAAGAAGAAGGAGAAGAUGAUGAUGGAGUGCUGGUGGAUGCACUCAACUCCCUCAAGACACUUCACCAAAGAUUCUUUCAUGGCCAAUGAAUCUGCCGUGAAUGCAGAUCGAGUGUGACUCAAUCUAAUGAUGACUUUCAACAUUUCAAUAAUCUCGCCAAUGGCUUAUCCUUGAGCCAUGAAUUUGUUGGUUCUCUGAAGAGCCAUGUUUCAAAAAACGCCUUAGAGAAGAAGAAGCUCCACUUGGUUCUCAGUUUGUACGGUACAUUUUUCGACUCUCAAGCUUUUACAUGUCUUUCUAACAAGGAGAAGUAUCUUAAGGGAAAAGUCAAUUCGAGGGAUGAUCUGUGGCAAACCAGAAUCCGUCGUCACGAUGUUUUGAUAAAGUUGCGUCCAUUUGUUCACGAAUUCUUGCGUGAAGCUAAUAAGUUGUUUAUAUUACAUGUCACCACUCUUUGUAUUCCUGAGUAUGCUGAUUUUGUGCUCAAGUUGCUUGAUCCGCAUCAACUCUAUUUUGGGAAUCGUAUCAUUAGUCCUAGCAAACACGUCAUCUGGGAGAAGACACUUGAUCAAGUCUUGGUCGGAGAACGUGAGGUGAUUAUCCUCGACGAUAGAUAUGACGUUUGGUCACCCGAAAACAGAUCAAACUUGUUGCAGAUCACUACUUACUCAUAUUUCAAAGCAACGAAAAAGAGGAACAGCCUCGAUGGUGGCAUGAUCCAGAAUCUUUUCAAGUAUUUUCUGAAGAUAUUUUCAAAAGAUGAUGACAAUCUACUCUCGGAUUCAAACUCUUACUCGGAAGAGAGAAAAGACGAGAGUGUAGAUGAUGGAGCAUUAGCGAAUGCUCUGAGAUUCCUCUUCAAAAUUCACCACGACUUCUUUAAUCAUCAUUAUAGUGAAAACGAUAAUUAUAAGAGAGAUGUGAGAGUUUUCCUUCAUUCCUGACUUGUAGACCCAAGAAGACUCAAUCUCUUCUUUUAGCUAUGGAUUUUAUUUUUUAUUUUUAGUUUUUGAAAAAGGUUUGCUUCUUUGGACUUUAUUGUUCCCAUAUAAACUUGUUUGGAAGGGUUUGCUUCCAGUAAAUUAUGUAUAAGAAUUUCUUUCACUCUUCAGAUUAUUAUGAAGUUUAAAGAGAUUGUACAUACGUGAGUUUAUCUAUUUGUUCCCAUUGUUUGCAGGAUAUAGUAAAAGCAAUGAAGAAAUAAUACUGCAAUAUUUAA